CUGCUAACUUCGCGCAACUACACGAUUUUUGUUUUAGGUUAUAUUUUUGCUUGGAACACAUCAGAAUUGAAAUUUUUAAACAAUCUAAAGCAAAAUGAGCAAAGCAAAGAAGUCUCGUAAACGUUACGAGUCAGAUUCAGAGUCGAGCAUAGACAGCGAGGAAGAGGCACGCAGAAAAGAUCUACGCGAACGAGAUGAAUUUGCCGAACGACUAAAAAAGAAGGAUGAGGAAAAAACUCGGAAUAUUGUCCAUGCUUCUGAUCGAAGAGCUUACGAAGAAGCAGCCAAGAGGCUCCAGCUGCAAAAUGCCGAAAGAGAAAAGAUUAUUCCAAAGCUCAGAGUCGAGUCCAGACGUAAAUAUUUGGAAAAACGUAAAGAAGACAAACUGCUAGAACUGGAAGCUGAUAUUGUGGAUGAUGAGUAUCUCUUCGAAGAACAGAUUUUAACGGAGCGUGAAAGAAAGGAAAGAGAACAUAAGAAAGAACUGCUGAAACUGGCCCAAGAACAUGAAAAAGCUAGAGAAUUGGAAAGAGUCCAGCGAUAUCACAUGCCAAGAGACUUGGGCAAGGACUCUACUUCUGAUUAUAUUGAAGUGGAUGAGCUUGAGAAAGUACCUCAGUCUGAGCAAAAGAAAUGGGAAAAAGACCAAAUGGCUUCGGCAGUCUUCAAGUUCGGCGCAAAAGACGCCGUAAAAAGGGACGAGUAUGAACUGCUGCUGGAAGAUCAGAUUGAUUUUAUUCAAGCCUUGCAAAUGCCGGGGAUUAAGGAUAAGAUGAAACGAGAGCCGGAGUUAUCCGAAUUCGAAAAGAAAAAACUGACCAUAGCGGAAACUAAAAAAAGUCUACCGAUAUUUCCUUUUAGGGAUGAUCUAAUUCAGGCUGUUCGUGAACACCAGGUUCUGAUUAUUGAAGGAGAAACUGGAUCUGGCAAAACCACCCAAAUUCCACAGUAUUUGCAUGAGGCAGGUUUUACGGAAAAUGAAAAAAAGAUUGGAUGCACCCAGCCCCGUAGGGUGGCUGCGAUGUCAGUGGCGGCUCGUGUUGCUCAAGAAAUGGACGUUAAACUGGGAAAUGAAGUUGGAUAUGCCAUUCGAUUUGAAGAUUGCACCUCCGAGAGAACCGUUAUUAAGUAUAUGACGGAUGGUACUCUGCACAGAGAAUUUUUAUCCGAGCCAGAUCUGCAGUCUUAUAGUGUGAUGAUCAUUGACGAGGCUCAUGAACGGACUCUACAUACGGAUAUUCUCUUUGGUCUUGUUAAGGACAUUGCAAGAUUUCGGCCGGAUUUAAAACUACUGAUUUCCAGUGCGACUCUAGAUGCUCAAAAGUUUUCCGAGUUUUUUGACGAGGCGCCUAUAUUCAGGAUCCCAGGAAGGCGCUUUCCAGUGGAUAUCUACUACACAAAGGCCCCCGAAGCAGACUACGUAGAUGCAUGUGUUAUAUCGGUGUUGCAGAUUCACGUAACGCAACCGUUGGGGGAUGUACUGGUAUUUCUGACGGGGCAAGAUGAAAUUGAAACAUGCCAAGAACUGCUUCAGGAUCGUCUGAGACGAUUGGGCUCAAAAGUGAGGGAACUCAUAAUAUUGCCGGUCUAUGCGAAUCUUCCUAGUGAUAUGCAAGCGAAAAUAUUCGAAGCGACUCCUCGAGGCGCCAGAAAAGUCGUACUGGCCACGAACAUUGCAGAAACAUCACUGACUAUUGACAAUAUCAUAUAUGUGAUUGAUCCUGGGUUUGCUAAGCAGAAUUAUUUUAACUCGAAAACUGGCAUGGAAAGUUUGAUGGUAGUUCCAAUCUCGAAAGCAUCCGCAAAUCAAAGAGCCGGGCGAGCGGGACGAGUAGCGGCAGGAAAAUGCUUCCGACUAUACACUGCCUGGUCAUACAAGCAUGAACUAGAAGAGAAUACUGUUCCGGAAAUUCAGAGAAUAAACCUUGGAAAUGCCGUAUUAAUGUUGAAAGCUUUGGGUAUAAAUGACUUGAUUCACUUUGAUUUUCUGGACCCGCCUCCCCACGAAACCCUGGUGCUCGCAUUGGAACAGUUAUACGCCCUAGGAGCUUUGAAUCAUCAUGGAGAGCUGACUAGACUGGGCCGAAGAAUGGCUGAGUUUCCGGUGGAUCCAAUGAUGGCGAAAAUGUUGCUGGCUGCAGAAAAAUACAAAUGUGCAGAGGAAAUUGUUAGUAUUACCGCAAUGUUGUCUGUAAACGGGGCCAUUUUCUACAGGCCGAAAGACAAAAUUAUUCACGCAGAUACUGCACGGAAGAACUUCUACCAUCCUGGAGGAGACCACUUGACUUUACUGAAUGUAUACAAUCAGUGGAGAGACACUGAUUAUUCCUUGCAGUGGUGUUACGAGAAUUUCAUUCAGUACAGGUCAAUGAAGAGAGCACGAGAUGUAAGGGAGCAGCUGGUAGGACUCAUGCAACGAGUAGAAAUCGAAAUGGUAUCAAGCAUCAGCGAAACUACAGACAUUCGCAAGGCCAUUACAGCCGGCUAUUUUUAUCACAUCGCACGAUUAUCCAAAGCGGGCAACUACAAAACAGUAAAACACAAUCAGACUGUAACAGUGCAUCCGAACAGUUCAUUAUUUGAGGAAUUACCCCGCUGGGUGUUGUACCAUGAACUCGUAUUUACAAGCAAAGAAUUUAUGAGGCAGGUAAUCGAAAUCGAAAGCAAAUGGCUGCUAGAAGUAGCGCCACAUUAUUACAAACCAAAAGAGUUGGAGGACUCGACAAAUAAGAAACUACCGAAAACUGUUGGUCGAAGUGAACGAACCGAUUAAACUCGUAUCGUAAAGGGUGAUUUUUAAGCACUUUAUUCCCUCGUAUUUCUGUAAUUGUAAUUUCGCUAUUUAUUCGAAAUCAAACAUUACAGAAAAAAUGUUCAUUCUGCAACGUUUUUCCCGCUGUCUCUUACUAUUCUCAUGUAAUAAAUUGUACUUUCUGUACAAUAUAAACCACUUGUGAAAAUGUAAACCAAUGUAAAUAGAUGGUUUUAGUUUAAUCCGA